CAGUUUGAGGAAGGCCCUUUUCUAUUCCAGCAUGACUGUGCCACCCCAGUCAAAAUAGUCUAACUCUGAGAGCCAACAAUGGUCCGUUAUUACAGCUUAACUGCUAACCAUUUGAUUGGCAACUUGACAUUGGUAAGGAAAGAGCUGUAGCAGACAGCUAAAGUUAGCAAACAGCAACUUCCUUUUUUAAUAUUUACAUGACUAGAUAGAAAAAGAUACAACUCCUCGGUAGCACACAUUUAUGUGCUUUGUAAUGACUUUAAAGAAUGAAUACAAAAUAUGUCAGAAAAAGGCCUUAACUUCAAGUUGAGGUGAAUGUUAAGUAGUACAGGACACAUAGAGUUUAGUUUUUCAUUCAUUCAAAAUCAGACAUUUGGUUCUCUUCUUAGUUUCAAUUUUAGUUUUAGCUUUACAAUCAAAUUGGCUUUACUUUCUUAUUAUUAUAUGGCACUGUAACCUUGUUUCAAUGUUGAUAUAACCUGUUUUCCCCUCUAAAUUGUGCUGUGCCUAUAAAGUUUUUCACUGCCAUUCUUGUUCAUUUUCAAGACAGCGCAACCUUCUCCUAUGUGUGUAAAUUUAGGCUAAACUGAUCCUUAAAUAAAGAGUGUAUUUUCUAAAUGAUGUCUUGCGUUCAUGAAGUCACUAAGUGAGUUGUCAGUUAUGUAAUUACUUUUCUGAUGAUUAGUUGAAACAUCUCUCUGGCAGGGGUUACAUAAGGAGAUCAAUGAUUAAAUGAUUGGCUUUGGACUUAGGAGAUGGUGAUAAAUGUGACAAAAGUAGGUUGGCAGAGUGUUUCUCUUCUCAUAUGACGUACAAAUCUUGCACGGCAUUUCAGCAUGAUCCAAUUUCAAGUUAUGCUUACGAUAAGAAUGCAGUCAUCUUUCUUUUAUUCAGCUCCAUAAGUAGGAACAACAAGUGACUCACUUUUUACACUACAAUUCAAGAGCACAAGUGCUGAGCAAAGACCGCUGGACUUCAUAAACACUGGUUGCAUAUGUUAUAUUGAUAAGGGAAGAGGAUUUCAAAGAAAUACGUAAUCCACCAAAGGGGCGGCAGCUGAUCACUCUAAUGAUGGGGGGCCCUAGGGGUGUAAAGGUUAAGGAACCUGUCUGUACUGUCCCAAAGGCAAACAAAUUUACCAGCCUUGAGUAAAGUCCAAUGGGGAUCACACAGCAGCAGCAAGCUAGCCUGACAAAAAAAGAUCUAGCCCCAGAUUUGGUGCAUCAUCCUCAGGCAGAGGUUGUCAUAAAUCAUGGAUCUUCUCCACAGCUGGGGGGUCGAGUUGGCGAUCCAUCUGCAGACCAAAUACACCAAGUACGAGGGCUUGUUCAGCCUGGCGUCCACGGUGGCCGAUCUGCACACUGCCUUCUUCUGGUUCUUCCCGAUCUGGUUCCACCUGCGCCGGGACACGGGGCUCAGGCUCAUAUGGGUGGCGGUGAUCGGAGACUGGCUCAACCUGGUCCUGAAAUGGGUUUUGUUUGGAGAGAGACCGUUCUGGUGGGUUCACGAGACACGGUUUUACAGAACAGGACCGACCCCUGCUCUGCAGCAGUUUCCCAUCACAUGUGAGACUGGACCAGGAAGCCCUUCAGGUCAUGCUAUGGGUGCAGCUGGGGUCUGGUAUGUGAUGGUAACAGCAAUACUCACCAGUGCAACAGAGAAGCAGUGCCCCGCUUUACUAUACAAAUUCUUGCAGCUAGGCCUAUGGAGCCUUAUGGGCCUGAUUUUGCUGAUAGUUUGCAUGUCAAGGAUCUACAUGGCUGCCCAUUUUCCCCACCAGGUCAUUGCAGGAGUCAUUACAGGUAUCAUUGUGUCUGAGGUCGUCUCCAAGCAAAGGUGCAUCUACAAUGCCAGCAUGAAAAGAUACUUCUACACGACCCUCUUUUUGACCUCUUUCGCUGUCGGUUUUUACCUCCUGCUCAAAGCUCUGGGUGUAGACCUUCUUUGGACAAUGGCGAAAGCCCAGAAGUGGUGCAUAAACCCCGGGUGGGUUCACCUCGACACUACUCCCUUCGCCAGUCUCCUGCGUAACAUGGGCACUCUGUUUGGCCUGGGUCUGGGCCUUCAUUCACCUCUUUACAUCCAGGGAAAGAAAAAAAACACCAGUUUCCGCAUUGGAUGUAUUGUAGUCUCCUUAUUUCUGCUUCAGCUGUUGGAUGGAUGGACUUUCUCUUCACAGAAUCUUGUGACUUUUUAUUUCCUGUCUUUUGGAAAAAGUGCAACGGCACUUUUAAUCCCAACCACGCUGGUUCCCUGGGCUCUCAGCUGGAUUUUCAAGGAGAAGAUAGAAGACAAGAGCUUGUGAUUCAGCUCCAAAUUAUGUUUUGUAAGAUGAUCAAGUUUUGUACAAAUAAUCAUUCAUUUUCACAGUUUUAUAGAGGCCAUUAUCCUCUAUGUAAAGCUCAGGUUAGGUUAUAUUCUUUUAUAGUGUUGUUGUACUCAUUUUUCCUGUUUUCUAGCAACUUUAAAAACAAUGGAUAGUGAAAACAGACGGACAUACACUAGACAGUGUUUCACAUAUCAUUAGCACGAAAUAUAUUUAACAUCCAUCUGGGCAACACCUCACAGACCGACGGGCCAAACAGAGCAACAAACGUUUCAAAAGUAGGCAUACCCCUCCGGUGAGGAGUCAGCACUGCAAGCUCAGUGGGCAGCUGUCAUGUAGGUACAAUAUUUUUCGCUAUCAGUGGAGCCAGUGCGUAAAUUAAACUUUUGCCAAACCUGGUUGAGAGAAGAGCAAAAACAUAAUCCCUUCUAAGAAAAGCUUUCAGUGCGAUGUCUUGCUCUUCUUUUGAAGAAAGAAAUGUCCAGUUCUGAUUAAACUGCCACUAUAGCUACAUCUGGACUAAUCUCUUCACUGGUUGCCAUUUACAGGAUCAAAGUCGCUUUAAGGUGGAUCUACCUGACAUGCAAUCUUCUUUGCAAGGCUGACACGAAAACUGAUUAAACCUAAAAAGUUAGGCUUAAACAUGUAAUUGCUAACAUUAUGAUGUCCGAGGAAAAUGGAAGCAGAGAAUUUAGCCUUUUAGAAAAUGAUGUGAAGUUACUGCCUGAAUAUCGGUUCCUUUAAGGAAUAUGUACUGUAGUUAAGAAAACAAACUCUUUUCUUGACUGUAGAUUAGGAGAAAGAUAAUACUCUUCAGUCUGUAAGUUACAUAAGAAGCCACAGCCACCAGCUACUAAAGUUAGCAUCAAUGAUAAGUUGCUAGCUUGACUCCCUGCUAACAUAAUACACUUAGUAGUACUCAUAAAAGUUAUCACUUUACAACUUUUACUCAAGUCUCUUUCCUUUACCUUAAAAAAAGUUGUCAGUUGUUUAGUUUUUAAGCUCAGGAAGAACUAGGAUACAUGCUAAUUUGUGUGCUACAGAGGGACUAGCUAGUGGCAAGGCUAGCUAUUUACCCACCUCACAAGUUAAGCCCAACUAAGCUAAUGUGGCUAACUCAGGCUGGAUUCUUUACACAAAAAACUUGUCAAGUAGCAUCAACAGACCUCUGGGAACAAAACUCUGUGUGCUUAUUUUGUCUUUAUUUCGACAUUAAUGUCUUUCAGUGUUCAGCUACUAGCCUACUCUGCCAGCUUCGGGCUUUCUUUACCAUAUACAGAUGUAAAAAAAAAAACAUUUUUAUACAGAUGUAGUUAGGAAACUAAGGUUUUCUUUUGGUUUAAUAAGUGCAUUUAACAGAAGAACAAUAUUGUUACCAGCUUUAAUAAAAUCUAUUUUUAUAACCAAA